AUGUCCAUUUCUGGGCCUCUCAGCAACUAUUACGUGGACUCCAUAAUAAGUCACGAGAGCGACGAACUCUCAAGCCCGGCUCGCUUUCCCAGCGUCCAGUACUCCGGCUCGAGCUCGGCUGCAGCUGCGGGGGGAAGGCAGCCUGGCGGCGCUGCGCACGCGGAGCAUCCCCAUCCCGACUCCUACCCGUCCUGUAGCUUCCAGCCCAAGCCUCCGGUCUUCUCGUCGUCCUGGAGCCCGUUCAGUCCGCAUCAUGGUGCCAGCGGCCUCCCCACUGUUUACCACCCGUACAUCCCGGCCCAGCACGUGCCUUCGGCGGACACGCGGUACCUCCGCUCGUGGCUGGAGUGCGCGCCGCGCGGCUCCGACUCGGUGCCGGUGCAGGGCCAGACCGGGCAGGUCAAACUGGAGCCGCAGCUCGGCCACCUCGGCGGGGAGAUCGCCUCCAAAAUCGGUGGGCAGCACCACCACGAGACAACGACGUACAUCCUGGAGUCCACGUCGGCGGCUGCGCGCGAGCUGAGCCACCAUCCGUCCGCCAUCCCCGGAGCGGGAUUCGACGAGAAUAAGGAUAUUUGUGAAGGGAGCGAGGACAAGGACGGCCUGGAUCAAAAUGACCCCUCGGCCAACUGGCUACACGCUCGCUCCUCCAGGAAGAAGCGAUGCCCGUACACCAAAUACCAGACCCUGGAGCUGGAGAAGGAGUUCCUGUUCAACAUGUACCUCACGCGCGACCGGCGACACGAGGUGGCGCGCGCGUUGAACCUCACCGAGCGCCAGGUAAAGAUCUGGUUUCAGAACCGCAGGAUGAAAAUGAAGAAACAGAGCAAGGACCAACCCAAGGACUAGCGGAGCUGCUCCGCGGCGCGAGCGCGCGCACUGUUUGACGCGGCCAACAUCACCAACCGAGUCCAGUUUGUCCUCCAUGGCGGAACACAGCGCAGAUCCUCCAAAGUCCUGCUUCUAAUUAGUUCUUACCUUCAGUGUCACGUGAGCUUCAACCCAGUAACACUAAUCUAUACAGGUGAUCGAUAGUGUAUUGAUCUGUAACAGGCGACGAGGACAUCGCCGUGUUAACACUGACUCCUAUGAACGUCUGAUGAAGCGAUGACGAGUCUUUGGAAUGAUUUGAGUUUUUGAAGGAUGAAGGAUGAUUCACAGACAAGCGUCACUUCGUCCGGGACGUCAUCAGCUUUGACAGUGGACUCUACUGUUCGAUGAGCAGAUUUUAUAUUAUGCUAUUGAUUAGGCUUUGAUAUUAGGCUACAUGUAGGGGAGGGGGGCUGGAGGGAAUAGUAAGAGAGAGGGCUUUAUUUUUUCAUCUGCUCUUUCUUUUAUUAGUUAUUUAUCAUUCAGUCGCUGACACCAGAGGCGCGUGAAGGUGCUGAAACUGGAGUUUCCCAUAGCCAUUAAUAAAAAAGAAGGAACGGAGUAGGCCGCACACACACACACACACACACACACACACACACACACACACACACACACACACACACACACACACACACACACACACACACACACACACACACACACACACACACUGCUUGUUCUUCUGUCUCUCUGAUUAGAGCAGCGCUCGAUGUUCGCCGCUGAUACAGACCUGCUUGGUGCCGGUUCUCGGUCUAACUAAUGAGCCAACAGCACCUGGGGGGAGGUGGUGGGAUGAUGGGGUCGGGGUGUUGGCCCGACUCAGCACCUGACUCAGAUACGAUUAGGCUUCUGUCGAUACGGUACAUCCCCUCCCUUCGGCUCCUGUCUGGAUGCUUUAUGCGCCGCCUGCGCCGGGAGUCGCCUCCUGAGUCACACGCGCUGAGUGCGAGCGGGGUUCGUUUGGCACAAAUACGCAUCCGCGUUUAAGGGCAGUGGGAUUCAAACACGAGGUGAAUUCAUACGACUCGCACCCAUGCGGAGCUGCGCGAACUGUUUCUGCUCUGUGGUCGUGCUGAGCGGUAAACACGCCGCCAGAGCGGUCGAGGAUCCGCCGUCGCUGCUAAAAGGGUUUUGCUGUAUAGUUGCUCUCGUGUUCAGGCUCCUUGUUGCUGUGCGCUCCACGGGUUGUCCUACGGGUUUCUGAUCUACGAAGCAGCUCUAUUUUUAUACACGUGAGAAGCUGAGGCCAUUUUAUCUCAUUCUAGUAAAUAAACAGACAUGUAGCCUGCGCUCAAACGGUUUACUGAGACAUAUUCUAUAUACUUAAAUAUCACAGAGCUUCUAUUAUAAGAAUACAUUAUCAUACACAACAAAGAAGAUUUAAUCACUAACAGAAAGCAAUGUUCUAGCAAUAGUUUCUACAUCGUGUUGGCCUUUUGUUUAUACAGAGUGUUAAAGAGGCGCCUGCGUCACUGAACGUGUCAGCCGCAGUUAAACGGCGUCCGACGUCCGGUGGUUUUAUGAGCUGAUCAUAAACAGCACACAAAGUUUACAACGUUUGUUUGUGUGUCAGUGUGCUCUGGAUUUCGGAGCGCGCGCACACACACACACACACACACACACACACACACACACACACACACACACACACACACACACACACACACACACACACACACACACACACACACACACACACACACACACACACAGUGUUUCACAUUCCAUGAUUCCACUGCGCUUCGUUACAGCCCUUUUUUAAGUCUUACGCAGAGACGCGCUUGGUUUUCUGGACGUGCCGCAUCAAAUCCUCCCUGAGUACAAAUGUUUACAUGGGUUUCGCAUGCAUCAAGUCUUUCGUCCAGUUGAAGACGUUUUUCGUCGUUUAGCUCUUUGUGUGUUCAGUCUGUUGGACGGAAAUGCUUAUUGAAAAAAAAAACACAUUCACGAUAGGAAAUAUUUCUAAUUUAUUGUAUAUAUUGUGAGUAGCCUCGUCUUUCGUAUUGGAAUGAUUUGAAAACGCUGUUUUGUCUUUUAGGGACAUGGCAUCUUACUGUAAUAUAGAUUACAAUAUUUGGGUUGUUUGUGUGUAAUAUUUGUGUUUUCAUGUUGUGGUGCCGACUGUCUGAUGAUCUGUUCUCAUGUCAGUGCGAUGAAUUUUUCGUGUCCUUAUUAAACAGUAAAAUGCCGCUAAGUAUUGGGACAGAGAGGUCGAAACAGUUUGAUUACGAUGAAGCAACUCCUCUAUGUAAAAUAUGAUAAUAAUUAUUAUUAUUUUUAUUGUUAUGUGACUUAUUGACGUUGUUUUCCUGCCCUUUGCCUGUAGUGUUUCUCGCUUCCUGUCCCGGUAUUUAGUCUCCUGAUUAGAGGAGCAGUUUGUGGAGUUUUCUCUUGCUGAUGGAAACGAUGGCAUUUUAUUUCCCUCUGCUUUUUUUAAUGAGACUCUUCGAGGCCAUGUGCACAGUAAACUCCAGCCACUGAUCCUCUGUUCUGUGUGAAAUGUUCCAGUCCCUUCGUUGUGUGUUUUUCUUCCAUGUCUUUUUGUUUCUUUGUGCGAUGGCACUGCUGAUGCUGGAUUCCUAUUAAAGAACAAACUUCACACUAA